AUGAAAGAUUAUAAAGUAAAGAAUGUCUUUAUAGUGUUUGUAGUUUUACUUAGUUUUAGUCUUGGUUUUAAAAUAUAUCCUAAAAUCAAAGAAUAUAAGCUUAAAGGUGAUCCUGGCUUACCUUUGAUCUUAACUCCUCUCAUUGAAGCUGGAAAAAUACAAGAAGCUCAAAUUGCUUGUAAAAUGAAACCUAUGAAAAGCAAUAUUACAAGUUACGCUGGAUUUUUCACAGUUGAUAAAAAAUAUAACUCAAAUUUAUUCUUUUGGUUUUUUCCUGCAGUUGAAAAGAAUGAAACAGCUCCUGUAGUUCUUUGGCUUCAAGGAGGACCUGGAGCAACAUCCUUAUUUGGUCUGUUUACUGAGAAUGGUCCUUUUUACAUAAAGAAAAAACGUGGUUUGAAAUUAAGAGAGUAUACUUGGAUUACUUCUCAUUCUGUCAUUUACAUUGACAAUCCUGUCGGUACAGGCUUUAGUUUCACAGAUAAUGAUUUAGGUUACAGUAAAAAUGAAGAGGAUGUUGGUCUGAAUUUGUACACUGCACUUGUACAAUUUUUUACACUAUUCCCUCAGUUUCAAAAUAAUGAAUUUUUUGUUACUGGUGAGUCAUAUGCAGGAAAAUACGUACCUGCAGUAUCUUAUACAAUUCAUACAAAAAAUCCAUCCGCCAAACUUAAGAUUAAUUUGAAGGGAUUAGCUAUAGGGAAUGGAUUGUGUGAUCCUGAAAAUAUGUUAUCUUAUGGUGACUAUUUAUACCAAAUUGGACUUCUUGAUAGCAAUGGAAGAGAUGUAUUCAAGAGCAAAGAAAAUGAAGUGUUAACAAAUAUUCAACAAAAAAAGUGGCAAGAUGCUUUUACAGGUUUCGACAAACUUUUAAAUGGUGAUUUAACUAAUGGUUCCUCAAUCUUUCAUGACUUGACAGGGUUUUCAUUUUAUUUUAACUAUCUUCACAAUCAAGAUGACAGUCCUUUUGGUGAUAUGGGAAAAUUUCUUUCUUAUUUGGUGGUUCGCAAAAAUCUCCAUGUUGGAAACGCAACAUUCCACACCGAAUCUACUGAAGUUGAAAAGAAUUUACUUGAAGAUGUAAUGCAAUCUGUAAGACCUUGGAUUGAAACACUUCUGGAGAAUAAUUACAGAGUACUUAUUUAUAAUGGACAGCUUGACAUAAUUGUGGCUUUUCCUUUAACUGAAGGAUUUCUGGAUAAGUUGAGUUGGAGUGGCGCAGCAGCUUACAAAUCAGCACCAAGAAAAUUGUGGUAUGUUGGCGAAGAGUUAGCAGGUUACUCCCGAGUGGCAAAAGGUCUCACAGUCCUUUUAGUGCGUAAUGCUGGCCAUAUGGUUCCUUCGGAUCAACCAAAGUGGAGUGUUGAUAUGAUCACAAGAUUCACUAGAAAUAAGCCGUUUUAGGUUUAUUUUAUAACUAUAAGUUAAAGCUUCAAACAAAAAUUGUUCGAUUUUAAAUAUGAAAAUAUUACUGGAAGUCUCCUGUUUACUCGUUGGACCAGUUUAUCCACCUUUAGAAUAUCAAAACACUCCAAUUAAGGGAUUUGAAACUAUUUUAAUUUUAAAGGUUUAUAAAUAUCAGAGGAGAUUUAAAUUCAACCUAAUUAUUUCUUUCCUAGAUUUACAACUAAACCACAAGAACCUAAGAGUUGUUUGUUAAACUAUAAUUGGAAUAGGCUAUGUAAUAGUUCUCUCCAAGCAAAAUAAAAUUUUACAUAUUUCUCCAAAUGCCAUUUUACCUUAAAAUAAUUAUUUUUUUAUUUCUGACCUAAAUUUUAAUGCUAAAUGUGUGCUCGAAAAGCAAUAUUUAAUUAUUAUUGGAGUGUUAGUUUUUUAAAUUAACGAAUAACAGUAAUCCAUAUAUAUUUUUACCAUUUUUUUUUUAGUUAAUACCAUGUUACAACACCUCUAGAUCAUACCUUUUUAAAUGUAAUUGAAAGCUUUCAUUAUAUUGAACUAACUUGACAUUGAUAUUAUAGUUUUUUUAUGUAGACUAACCUAUCUGAGUUAGUUAUUUUUUAUGUUGAGUUUUUGAUCUUGUCUAAUAAUUUUGGGUAUUGUUCCUUGAGUCGAAACUUGAUAAGUAUAUAAGCUUGAUUUGUCGGAAACUAUUAGCUUUCACGUCUUUUAAUAUUGCUCAUUGUCUUGCAAAUGGUGAGUUUUCUAAUAUUUUAAAUACAGCUACAAUUUGUUUUAUUGUUUUUAGAAGAUUCUAACUAUUAGAAAUAGUAUUAAAAUUUCCUAUGUUAUUUUUAUAUUCAUUAAUAUUUUUUUCCUUUUUUUGGAGUUUAUUAAUAUUUGUUGUUCAGUAUAACUUUGAAUAGAAUAUUGAAUAUAGCCUACUCAAUAUAUAUUCUACAAUUACUAGUUGAUAUACAAUAUAUUUCUGUUCAAACCAAUUAAAAAUUGAUUAUGGAAAUAAUUUUAUACAAAUAACACUUCUGUGGCCGUUUUUAGGAGGUAUGGCACAUAAUUUAAUUUGUAAAAUCAAGCAGACAACUCAUAAACAACAAAUAAUUAAUAAAUUUGCCAACUUAUACGAAAUCCGAUGCAGACUGGUUCAAAAUCUCAAUAAAAUGGAAAGAAAGAAAAAUUCUAAAAUUCGUGCACACUGGAAGAAAGCCUCAACUCCAGUUGCUGGGUUUUUGUACUACUCAAUCCAAUAAUCCCACUACGUCAUUACCAAUGGUAUGUGAAUGGCAACGAGCAAGCAUCCAUUAGGAUCUGCAAAUCCUUCUUUUUUUUUGGGAUAUUGGGGUGGAUUCACAGAUCCUCACACGUCAACCUGAGCUUAUUGUGUGCCCCUUUGAUGUUAGAGGGGUAAGCCUAUCUUUGUGCCCUUAAUUAGGCUAAGAAGCUU